UAUCGGCGGAUCUUUCAAACAAAAUAAACUCACAUAUUUCGAGCUUUUCGUGAAGCAUUCAAACUAUGUCAAAAUGUGUGACGAAAAAGAAAUUUUAAAGCUCAUAAAAGCUUCCGAUUUGCAAAGCAUUCCACACAAAAUCGAGAAUGUAUUUGAAAAAGACCUCACCACAAUGGACAAGCAAGCCAUUCUGGUGCAGAAAGCAGUCAUUGAAAACUGGAUGCAUGCACUCACUGUAACAGUUGUAACAAUUGUGCCUGAAGUGAAGAUUUCCCAUGACCUCACUGUGGUGUUCAGGAUAUUUCAAAUCUGCAGUCAACGCCUGAAUGACAUCCUCAACCAUAUACCAGUAGACAAGAAGCACAUUGUUCCAAAUCUGAUAUGCAGAGUUUUACAUGGAAAUGUAAACCAGGAGCACUUCGGCCAGCAGCUGGAGCUAUGUGACCUGGCGCUACAAAUGGUGAGUCACGAGUCCCUAGACCUGUCCAAGUCAGAGAAGGGCAAGUAUGUUGCUGAAUACUGCUACGCCGCUUUCUGGAAUGGGGCAACACGGAUUUUCAAGACUGUAGAAACAGUGGAAGAAUAUUGCCAGCUCCUGCAUGCAAGGCAUCUAUCAAUAAUGUGUGCACUUAGACUUCCUGAAAAGUGGGCCAAGGUUUCAGAAUUCGUGUCAUGCACUUGCAAGCAUUAUGCAAGUACGGCCACUGACUUUCCACAUGUAAAUGAUGACAGCGUUCUGACAGCAUUUUACAAACUCUUCACAGAAUGUACCCGUUGUUUGAACAAUCUUUAUAAAGACAAUAAGAAGGAAAGUGUAAAGACUCAAUUAGCUACAAUGGUGUUACAAGUACAUGUUUCCUUUCUUCAAGCAAGUUUGAAAUUGUCCCAUUUCCAUAAAAUCUCUGAGAUAAUGUUCAGCCUGAGAUUGUUCAGUGGACUCACAUAUAUGGCAGGUCUUGAACAAGUGAUAGACAUGACCGUUUUUCUGACCAAACUGACAGCAGGCGACACUAGGGAUCUAAAUGAAGGGGCAAAACUGGCCUCAAUUUUGUGCUCCAAGUUGGACUCAUUUGAACAAUCUAGCGAUGUCAAUUACGUGGAGAAUGUGCAGUUUUCUCACUGCAUCAUAUUGAUGAUUCAGGCUUGUUCCAACAUCAGCAACAGGCUGGGCAAAGACACAUGGUUUGCUCAAUCCCUGUGCAAAGUCUUCCAAUCAGUCCAGAAGGUGACCAAAGCAUACCCUGUCUCUGAAUCAAGCAUGAGUUUAGAUGACGCGACAACAGUUGCGACCAUGAAGUUUCGUGUCUACGCUAGAAUACUGCAGUUGACUGCCUAUAUUGUCAAGGAGACGACGAUGGCAUCAAAAGAGGAAAGCCAGGCUGCAAAAGACCUUAUAGCGGCUUCUGAGGACUACAUUACUACCUUGAAGGAGACACAAGCUGUACCCAUGCUAAAAGAGACCACCAAAAGCUACGCAGCCUUCUUAUUGGACAGUCUGCUGCUGCCAGCUAUGAGGACACUGCGCUCCAAGGCCCUGUACUCCCAUCUGCACGCAAUCACCAAGGCCACCUUUGACCUCCUGCCCAUUGGGGGACAGAAAGUUGAAGUGUACGACCUCCAUAUUGAGUCUCACCAGCAUGGGCACAGUUUCAUGCUGGGUACCGCUGCUGUGGUGAGGGGACUGGCGGAGGACCCCUCGUUCUUGCAUCCAAUUGCUAUGGCCUGGGCGAAGCUUAAACGUGAGGCCAUUGGGGCACAACAAGACAUCUUUCAGACAAUGACGUUAGCAUGUGUAGUGAAGGAGUCUGGGAGGACGGUUCCCCACCUGACAUACCCAGACAUGCUGUUGGCUGAGUACCAGUGCUGGAAGAUUUUCUCUAAGAGACGAUUUGAUGUUGAAUUCCAUAUCCUGGUGAAAUUGAUAGAUUGUGACCUACAGAAAGAACAGCGGGGCAUAAUACUGAUGGAGCUGGUCAACUGCAUGAUGAUGACCGGACUCACCCUGCCUGACAAGAGUCUACAAGACGUGGUUGAAGAGUGCCUAGCGCUCUUUAAGGACCAGCACCUGCUAUUCGAGGGACAUUGCUACUAUCUCAAGUACCUCAUCGACCACUAUGAACGUAUGCAGGUAGCUCAAGAGAGUACAACCAAGAAGGAUGUGACCUCAGGAGCACUCCAGGAUGUUACCACAGCUACCUGUGAGCUCCAGCCAGAAAUGACCUACAUCAGCCGCCUGGAACAUGCCAUCAACCAAUGGGAGAAAGGGCUGGCUGAGAUCUACCAGAAAGGAAAUGUUACAGUGCCUGCAGAUACAGCCAUGACUGACUUCAACUCGUUGAUUCCGCCAGCCGCCCAUUGUGACAUCAUGAUCCAGUGUGGUGUUCGCCUCAACAUCAUGCUACAGCCUAAACUUGCCCUGCGCGCUCUCACCCUUGCUCAGAAAGUUGUUUGCACACUUGUGGUGGACAAGAAACUUCCUGAAGUCCAGCUGCAGAACAAGAAGACCAUGAUCGUCACGGAGAUGGUGCAUGCCCUUGUUGCUAUGGGCCGCUAUAGCGACGCUGAGACUGCCAUCAAGUCUCUGGUUUCCACGGAUACGUACAUCACCUUGAUGACGGCUUACCUGCAGAUUUACAUGGACAAGAAGGAGAGUGCAGUGAAGACCCUUACAAAGAUCCUGAGCCGAGAGAAAUCCAACAAUGUGUCCCACCUGCUUUACGAGGGAAUUGCUAACCGGCUAAUGUCCGUGUGUCUGUGUGUGUCUGACAGACGAGACUGGGAGGUGCCCAGCAAGUACCACCUGCUUACUCUAGCCUACGACGCUGUGCAUUGUCACAUCUCUGUGCUCAAUUACGUGCUCAUUUACCAGAAAGGCAUGAGUCAGAUAGACGCCUGGAUUUACCUGUACGAGUUCCUGCAGUCUGUGUACCACCUGUGCCAGUUGUACCGGAGUGUGGGAAUGCCAAGGGAGGCAAUCUGCUACCUCAACAUUGGGUAUCGGGCAGCACACUAUCAGAACCUGCCUUCAUGGUCGUGUCAGUUCCUGUGUGAGAUGCUGAGAAUGCACGGUAUGCAGGCGAAUGUAAACAAGGCCUUCAACGUCUUAGAUGCCAUCCACCUGACCUUCAACUUGAAGAACAAGUUCACUGAAGGCAAGGACACACUGAACGCAGGGCUUACCAGUUCAGAGGAAACAAAUAACAAGUCAAGCAAUUCCGAACCAGACAGAGGGAAAUUAGAAAAUGAAAACAAACAAGACAAUUGGGAUAAUAAUAAACUUGAUGUUGGUAAUUGUAUUGGAGUAGAAGAGAAGAUCACACCGAGUAAAUUUAUGGAACAAGAGAAAACUGACGGAAACAAAACACCUGAAAGAGUUGGUCAUUGCACGGUGUUGAACAGUGACAAGAAACGCCAACUGGAGGUUCUGGCAGUUCCUGAGUGCCCAUGUCUCAAAGUUGGAGCCCCUUCUUACUCUGAUACCUGUAUGCACAAGAUGAGCUUGCUUAUGGGUGUAGCCAUGGCAGAGUUCUUGAUGGACUCUGGAUCACACGAUGCGGUGAGAAAGACUCUCCAUCAUUUGCACACAAGCUUAGACGUGUUCAGAGAUCACUCCUUCCUUAAGCCCAGCCAGUAUUUCAGUAGGUCUCCGAAGCAGAAGAAAAUGAUGAUUGAACAGUCAUUGUUCAAACACCACCCAGAUGUACUGGCAACCUGUCUAACAGCAAGCUGUGUUAAAGCUGAGCUCAAUCUCAUAGAGAAGGAUUAUGAAAGCGUUAAUAGCAUGUACCAAAUGGUUAAGGAUUUCGAAGAGGGUGGAAUGUUGAAGAACCUGGUCCAUGGUACCAUUCUGGUGUCGAGGCUAGCUCUGAGUAGAUCUGCAGCAUUCUUUUUAACAUCUACCGACCUGUUCAAGGAUUCCUAUCAGACUUUGUUAGAGACUGAGAUGGAAAUGGAAGCAAUGAUGCUGUCACAGAAAGGAAACACUGGAUUCACCGCUGAGGGUUGUGCAGAUUUGAAGAAAACGGGUGUUGCCAAGAACAUUCUGAAGGAUCUCCAGCUUGCUGUCCCAACAACUGCAGACAUCAAAGCAACACCAAUGAAGUCAAAGAGCAAGUUUGAUGCCCUUUGCACACCAAAAAUGCCUUCGCUUGAGAAAGGCAUGCUGAGCACAACAAAAAGACCAGCAUUAAUGAAUCAGAUAAACAAUAACAGGAUUGCUGAACUUCAGAAGUUGAUUGAUAGCGAUGAGGAUGAUGACAUUGUUUUCCCAAAGACCAAGCCGAUAACGCCUUCAGUGGCAAAGUCUGUAAGAAAACGAAAGCCUCAAACUGAUAUUGUUUCCAGAACUGUUAGUAGUAUUACCAAAAUGACUGCAGAGGAUCAACAAAAUGCAAAACUUGCAUGUAAAUUAUUCAUCUUUGAAGAUGACAAUUCUUCUGUAGAUAAGAAGAAUAAUGUUACCAAAGGUCAAGAUAUAAUUUGUGCAUCAUCUUCAACUAAAAAGAGCAAUCAAUCUAAAGGCAGAACUAAAAAGGCUGAAACUGAGAAAUCUUGCAAACAAGUUUCACCAAUUGUGAUAGACAUAUCAGGUGAUGAAGAAAAUCUAAAUUAUCCACCUCCAAUAUCUGUUUUGAAAGCCAAUAAUAGAAUGAAGUCCACCAAAAAGGAACACCAGAAUUGUAAAGCUGAGACAGUAGAUAGUGAAGAUUUGUUUAACAAAGAAAGCCUUGAAACAGAACUUGGAAAGAAAUGUAAUCCUACAAAAAGCGUCAAAGCAAUACGUAAAAGAAGUGUUUACAAAGAAGGGAACACAACUAUUAUUGAGUCUUCAGAAGCAAUGGAAAUUAUAGAUGUGAGCAAUGAAAUUACAGGAACUGAUUCAAAGGUGGAUGUAUAUGAUUUUUUAUUGGAAGCUUCUCCAGUUGUUAAAAACAAUACUGUGGGAAAUAAAACAAAAACAGGUAGAUCAACUAGAAAAACAAAAACAAAAACUGAUGUUACCAUCAAUAAAGAUACUAUGAUACUAACAGAUGUAAUUGACAAUAGUCUUAAUGUUCCCGAAGGAACCAGAAAGAAAGAAAGAGCAAUAAAGGUGAGAUCCACAAGAAAAACAGACAACAAGGAAAAUGUUGAGACAGUAAAAGAUGAACAGAAUAAAAGUAAAACUAGACCUGUAAGGGGCAAAAGAAAGAUUGAAGAAAUUGAAGCAGUUAGGUUCGGAUAUGAAAAUGUUGGAGACCUGAGUGCUGAGUUAACUUUCAAUAAACUAGAGGAGGUCAAUACUGUCUUGAAUGGUGAGUUAAAUGAAGACUUUAAUGAGUCAGAGAUGAACUAUACUGAUGAUAGUUCUGAAAUUGAUGAUGACUUUGAUGAGACAUUUGGGGCCAAAGAACCAUGUGUUGGAAUGGGGUUAGAUCUCUUGUGUGACAACUUUGAAACCAGUUUAGUUAUUAUUGAACCAGUCCCAGAAGUGCUACCUGUAGAAUUCUAUCGAGUUAACAAAGAACAUGGAAAUGGUCUUGCUGCGGACUUAGUUGAAGCUUCUAAUGUUUUCAUUGAUUGUAAUGCCUGCGUACAAAUUCAGUCAGAACAUGAUUGUUCAAAUGUGAGUGAGCCAAUGGAAAUCAUGAGAGGAGAUGUGAAACCAACUAGAAGAACCACUAGGCGUGGUAAAAAAGCAACAGCAUCAGGCAAUGGUGGUGAGAAAGAGGAGGAAGAAAAAACUGGAACUGAGGAAACAGAUGAUGGUAUCAAGAAUACCACAGUGGAAGGUGCAAUAGUGAUCCCAGAGACCAUUGUAAGAGACGUGGACUGUGGGGAAGUAGAGAGCACGCUUGAAGGAGACAGAGGCAUGGAGACCAUGAGGGGUGGGCGUCUCUACAGUAUUCAAGACAAAAUGGGGCUGCUUGAUGAACCUGAUAUAGCUGUUGCGGACACAGUCUCCUCAAGAACAGACCUUACUGCUGGGGAGGACAUAUUUGAACACCUUCACGAUCUUUACAAGCGUCUGUGCAAGCUGCCACCUAGCCCUCAGCAUGCGGAGGUUUGCUACGCGCUGGCCUUGCGCUACGCAGGCACUGACCAGACCAAGGCUGCAUUCUACCUUAGCGAUGGUGUAGCAAUCACAUUUCGCCAUCAACUGAGGCUAAACAUAGCCAGAAAACUCAGGAAGAUGCCAGACGCCAAGCCUGCCACCAUCCAGUUGUGGAAUAAAACCUUGGAUGACAUCUUCAAUCCUGAUAUGACUCACUUCCAAACCAUCAUAGAUGCAAUUCCUGAAGAGUGGGCAGUUGUUCAGAUCUCUGUGGUGAAUGUAGCAAAAUCGUGGAAGCAGAUGAUCAUCACAAGGUUCUCAAAGGGUGCCCAGCCAAUUGUAGUCAAGAUUCCAGCUUUCAACACUCUGGAGGGUGUGCAUAUGGCGGAGGACUUUGACAGUCUGAUGACCCGCGUUCAUGACAACACAGAGGUGUCAUGCAGAUUGACCUGGUGGACCAAACGCCAAAGUCUUGACAUGGAUUGCAUGAAACUGCUUCAAAAGAUGGAAAGGAUAUGGCUGAAAAAUUGGCGCUGUCUGCUCUACCCACCGGAAAUCUCAGCUGCCUCAGUAGAUGAGGCUCUGAAAACAUGCAGAGAAGUCUUUGGGCUCAGUCUGGAUGUGGGGGUUGUCAAGCUGCUACUGGUUGCAAUAAGAAUCCUAUCGGAGGAAGAGAUGAGCGGCUGUUGUAAGGCUCUGCUGCCUAGCAACACAGACGUGGAGGAGUUCGUGAGAACAUUCCAGAAGUACCGGGACGGAGUGGUAAACUUCACAGCCCAUACAGUGCUCAUCUUGGACAAGUCAGUACAGAACAUGCCCUGGGAGAGCAUGCCAAUGCUCAGCACCAAGUCUGUGACGCGGAUGCCAUGUUUGUCACAUGUCUACACACAGCUGGAGCAACAGCGGACCACGGUUGACUCCCUGCUCACAAGGGGCAUCAACAUGCGCAGCACCUGCUACUUGCUCAACCCCGGAAAUGACAUACCCAACACAGAGGCCUUCUUUAAGGACUGGUUUGAAAAGGAGAAAGGAUGGACAGGCCUUAUAGGAAAACGACCGCCAUCCAAUGAAUUCAUGAAUCUUCUUACAUCCAAGGACUUCUUUCUGUAUUGCGGUCAUGGUAGCGGUGGUCAGUUCUUCCCCAGCGACGAGCUUGAGAGACUCCAGGGGCGGGCGGUUACCAUGCUGAUGGGCUGCAGUAGUGGGCGCAUGCUGGUCAAGGGGCAGCUUGAACCCUCCGGCAUGAUGAACAGCUACUUCCUGGCUGGCUGCCCUAUGAUGAUAGCCAACCUGUGGGACGUGACUGACAAAGACAUCGACAAGUACACGCAGGACUGCCUGGAGAGGGCGCUGAGAGCGCCGAGGGGCUCCUACCUGACACUGGCUGUGCAGGAGGCGCGCAAGGUCUGCAAGAUGAAGCAUAUCAACGGCUGUGCUGUAGUGGUGUACGGGCUGCCACUGCAUAUUGAUAACAGGGACUGAUAUCUAGGAAAACAGAUUUAAACUAGUGCUUAGAGCAGAAAAAAAAUCACUACUGAAAGAAAAAAAAGAAAUCGCACAAAUCUGCUUCUAUGCAGAAAACCAGACAACAUUAUACAUGUACUGGGGGGAGGGGGUAACAUUUGAAAUAGCAAAAAACUGCUGGGCAGAAAACUGUACAUAUCAUUACACUGCUACUAUGGGAGAAAUCUUGGUCCAGCCUUCAGCCAUUAAGUACGAGCUUUGAGGCCAUUUGGGACAACUCUUAUUCAAAUUUGCUUCAUAAACACGAAUAUUUGAAAAGAAAAUUAAACGCACAAUUUAUAUUUGAUGAAGUUUGGUAUUGUCCUGUUCAAGGUUGUGCGUUAUGUCAUUGUAUUAUCAUACAUAAUAAUAAAAAUAUAUACAAAAUCCUCAUAUUUGAUUAUCCUAUAUAUUUCAUGAAUGGUGUUGCUAUGCCAUGUUUACAACCCCUAUAUAUGAUUCAUGUUUGAGAUUUGAUAUUCUACCUCGGGCAUAGAAUUUAUUGCUACAUUACAACAUAUGGUUCAUGUAAAUAUUGGCCCUUUGUUCAAUUUUACUAACUCAUUAUAUUGCUUUUUUUCUUGUAAAUUGUUCCCUAACUUUCCUUUGAGAAGUAGAAACAUAUCAACGAAUCAACAGUUUAAAGUAUAAGUACUGAUAAACACUUUUAUUUGCUAUGUAAUUGGAUAUCAGUAACUGAUUUUUUUUAUCUUUAUGUUCAUUUUUCAACAUUAAAUUUUAUGAAUUUAUGAAAAAUAUUUAUAAAAACAAAACAAGAAAGAGAAUUCACAUGGUAUGUGUAUAUUGCUCUGAUUGUCAAAUUCUAUUCAAUAGGUAUAGGCAUGUGUUUAGUAUUUGUAAAUAUAGUUGCAAUUGUUGUAGAUAUUUUCUUUUAUUUCAUUAAAACAACAUUUAUGGCAAUGCUUUAUUUAUUAAAAGCAAGAAAGGCGACCUUAAUUCUAUUUCUUGAUUGUCUGUCUUCAUUAACUACAACUGCGACCUACUCUCCAAAUCUUGGUCACCAGGUCAAAUCUUGGGGGAAAAAACUGCUUUCCACUGUAGAGGUCUGAUUUAUCACUCAAUCUUGAAACUUUCUGCAAAUGUUUAUAUUUGCAAUAGAAAGGAAGUUUUUGUCAUGGUCAAGUAUGUCUAAAAUUUAGGUCAACAAGUCAAAUGUUAAUAAAACUUCUUCCCAAUCUGGAGGCCACAUCUAUGACUCAAUCUUGGUUCAACAUGGUCAGAAUGUUUAUCCUGAUGAUAUCUUACCCACAUUGGAAUAUGGGUCAUGCGUAUUCAUAAAAUAGGUCACCAUGUCUUAACUUAGAAAAAGCUUGUUACCACUAUAGAAGGCAUAUCUAUGACUCAAAUUCGAUGAAACUUGGUCAAAAUGUUUAUGUUUACAAUGUCUUGGCCCAGAUUGAUUGUAGGACACAUGUCCCAAAAAUUGGUUCACUAGGUCUAAUGUCAAAACACUACUUGUUCCCACUCUGGAAGCAAACAAAAUUUUCUCAGCUUGAUGAAACAGUAUCUGAACGUUUAUCUUUACAUUAUUAAUAACAAGUUAAAAUCUGUGUCAAGUGUGGUCAGUAUGUUUUGCCUGGAAUGGUCUUCACCAAUUGCUGAACUUUGAAAUCAGUUAAGUGCUUUAGGGUCAUUAUGAGCUAUUGUUUGUAGUUUACAGCACUGAUUUAAUUUACAUUUGUGGGUGUACAUAAAACAGUUCCAAAUACAUGAUGUGAUGGCAUUCAUCAGUACCAAAGCACUGGCACUUUUGGAUUAUAAAUGCAUGAUCCAAAUUGAAAAUGAAAUAAUGGAAAUCUUUGAAACCUUUAUUUAUAGCAAUUAAAAUGCCUGUUUGUAAUAGAACUUUCAAAGUUGUUAAUGGUGUGUCUGCUAGUUUGAAUAAACAAUCUGUAGUCAUACUGAUAUGUAUGUUACAGAAACGCAUACAAUUUUAAUUCAACAAUUCUUACUGAACAAUUCACCUAAGUUAAGAUUCCAUAUUGAAUACAAGCUUUGGGUAUGACAGUUCAAUGUCCUGUGGACUUCUUUUAACCAAAACUGUAUACAUCCAUGUUGUGUAUGUAAACAAUUUGCAUGCUUUUCACAAAUAAAAUCUCUGAUUAGAUUUGGGUAUUUCUCUGUAAAAAUGUUGUUUGUAUAUAGUCUCUUAAUGACAUUGUAUUGUCUGUGCAAAUAAUUUAUCUAUUAAAACUAUUAGUAUUAUAUAUACAUGUAUUGAUUUGAAAUUGUGUUUGAUUAGUGCGUCUAUGUAAUAAAAUGUUGGCUGCAAUAAAAUGUAGUUUUGAUU